AACUCAUUGUGUUUUAUUCUAGGUUACGGCGUCUCCAGCUGUUUUAUUCACAGAAUCACUUUUGAGCACCAUGUUAAUUGAUAGGAUAUACGACUUUAUCUGGUUGAACCCUAUAGGAAUAUAUUUGAACGAAAAUGAGUAUCAAUGUUAUUGCAUAUUGGUUGUAUACCUCCUUUUCGUGAUGUGGCUCGGCCCUUUCUGGAUGAGAACCCGGAAGCCGUUCGACUUAAAAAUACCAAUGAUCGUGUACAAUCUUUUUACGUCAGCCUUCAAUUUAAUUUUGGUGUAUCAACUGUACAAAACGCUUUCAGGUAACUGGGAUGUGAGAUGUCAAAGAGGUACUCCAGAGUAUCUUCAAAGGGUUCAGAGUGAAAAGUAUAUCCAAUGGAAUAUAAUUUUUGAAAAAUAUUUCUCAUUGUUGGAUACGAUUUUCUUCGUGCUACGUAAGAAACAAAAUCAGGUAUCAUUUCUUCACGUUUUCCACCACGUCGCCACGGCUUGUAUAACUCUUUGGUUUGUGACAAUUCCUGACCCAGCAUUCUUUAUCCUCAUCACCAUACUUCUGAAUACGUUGGUACACGUUAUCAUGUACUUUUAUUAUGGCUUAUCAGCUUUUGGGGAGUCCAUAAAGAAAUAUUUGUGGUGGAAAAGAUAUCUCACACUAAUACAAAUCGUGCAAUUUCUUCUAGUACUUUCGUAUAUGACGAUAUCCUUUGGAACCGGCUGCGAGAAGGUGAAGACUCUAGAAGUUGUUUAUUCGGCUUUCGUCAUCACCAUGCUUGUGCUCUUUAUCAACUUUUAUCAAAAAUCCUUCAAGAGAAUGAAGCUUGAAUGACAACACCAAUAAAUAUGUUACUCAAUUAAAUCAUCCCUGAUAAAAACUUUCCAUUUCCUUAAAUAAAUUCCUUCUG